UCGACUGACAGGAAGUCACAGGACUCGGGGCCGAAGGAUUUGCUAGCUUCUUGUUCUGAUAAAGGAAAAUUGACCGCUAGGAAACAGUUAAAACUUUAUGGAGUGCCCAGAAGGUGACAAAGUAGUCAAUGCCACUUAUAACAUAACUGUAAAGGACUCUGCACAAGUGGCUAUAGGAAACAAUGCAUGUAUCAUCAAUUACUGCACUACUGAUAAGCCAAAUGAAAAAGCUGUCUGUUCCAUUCAAGUUUUUACAGAAAAAUUGAAAUCGUCAAUCAAAAAKCAGACUGACUUCCAACCAAGACUAAGAAAAGACAAGAAAGUAAAGACCGAUGAUAUCUUUACAAGUGUGACAAUCCAACGUGGUCCAAAACACCAGUCCCAAGCAGACGAGAGCCAUGGAAGCCGGAGCGCUAGCGAGGACCAAUUUCAAGGUACACAGAGUAGCACUUUCUUACAAAAGAGUUCAGAAAUUUUCAUAUUUCCGCAGAAAGACUUGUCAUCAACAGCUGUCAUGAACAAUGGCAACCCCAAAAAAAUUCUUACUGUUGAUAAACCAGGAAUUGGAAAAACACUCUUCUGUCAAAAACUUGUCAGAGAUUGGGCCCACGACCGAUUGUUCCAGAGAGACGAAUACCUCUCUGCACCGGAUUUCCAGUUUUGCUACCUACUGACAUUCCGUCAGUUAAGUCUCCUAGGAGACGAGACACUAAGUUUGCAGGAGAUUUUGAACCGUUCGUCAACAUUAGACGAGCAGUCAGUCAUCGACGAAGCCAUGUUUCACGACAUAAUGCAACACCCAGAGAAACUACUCCUAAUCAUCGAUGGGUACGAUGAGUACAAACAUCGCGAUGAAAUCACUGGAGACUUCGAAACGAAAUUCCCUAACGACCCUCAUCAAAAAAUGCCUGUUGCUGCCAUCGUUGCCAAGCUCUUGAAAGGCAAGAUGUUGCGAGAAUGCGUUGUCAUGGUGACUUCGCGACCUGGACAAGCGGAGAGACUCCUGGAAGAGAACGAUUUUGAGGCCAAAGUUGAAAUCUUAGGAUACUCUUCUCAACAGGUUGUUGAGUACGUCAAGAAGUUUUUCAAGGGACAUGAUGGUGUUAUGAAUGCUGUACUUGAACACAUCAAGACAAAUGGAAUCUUGGUAGGUUUUGCUCAUAUUCCUGUCGUCUGUUUCCUCAUGUGUUGUCUCUUGGAGUGGCACAUGAUUGGCUCUAACACCCGCCAUAAUCUGCCCAUCACUUUGACCGAUCUUUAUCACCAAGUGACCAUGAUGUUCAUCAAGAAACACCACACUCGCCUCAAGUACUCCAGAAGCAACGAAAGUGAUGCCAAAGAGAUACUGGAUAAACUGGCUGAGCUUGCCGUUAGCUUGUCUCAGGAAGAAAGAUUCAUCUUCGACGAGGAUGAYUUGAGGAAGAUGGACUUAAGCGACGAGGAAAUAACUAACUUGAAAGAGAGUGGUUUACUUGACUGUUGUCCCGGUGUUAGGAGUUCUCCAUUUGAUGACGUUCCGCUAGAGUAUUCCUUCACUCAUCUCACGAUACAAGAGUUCCUCGUAGCUCAUUGUUUGGUCAAGAGGAAAGAGAUCCCAGAAAAAGGCGGGAAAACUAGCGACGUCACGUUCCAGUUUAUGGCUGGCUUGCUGUCUAAGGAAAAAGACGAACUGCUGAUGGCAAAAGUUUUGGAGUGUGUGAAGCCGCUAAAUGAUAUGUAUGACCCCAAACGAGUGCUUAUUUUGAAAUGCUUACACGAAUAUAGAGACGUCGAACUAGCUAAACACACCAUCUGUGAUAUAUUUGAUAAGUAUUGUAAUUCUCGAGGGAUAUGUGUAUUUUAUGAAUUAACUGACAUAGACUGUGUUUCAGUCUCGUUUUUGCUCGAUGUCAUCAGCAUAUUGAGCGAAGAACGAGCUAGCAAUCCACCAACGUCGCCUACUGAAGAUCUGAAAGACUCAUUCACGCUUACCGCGUUUGGCCUUAUCAACUCAAAUCUAACAUCCUCUGGUGUGAAACAACUCUGUAGUUCGUUCUCUUCUCAGCGCUCUAUGUUUAGACUACAAUUCUGUAACUGUGAGCUAAACGACGAAUGUGUCAAGAUAGUUUGUGAGAUGUUACCGACUUCCAGAAUAACUGGACUUUACCUGCCUUCCAACCAUAUCACCGACGAAGGCGUUCAACACAUUUCUUCAGUAAUCCGACAAAAUAACGGAUUUCCAGAGUAUUUGAAUCUUGCCAAUAACAAGAUAACUGAGAAAUGCCAGGAUGAUCUUACAAGUCUUGUAAAACAGUACAGACCUGAUGCAGAAAUCAUUCUUUACGUGGGGUCACGAAAAAGACGCUAGUUGACCCUCUUUCUUAAUAAAUCAAUAAGUGAACUUUGGUUAGAGAGAGUCUAACCGUAUCUUAACGACUCUGCGGAAUGGACGGAACCGCUGUUAUCUUGCCCACAGCGUAGGUCUAUUAUCAUGUUUUAGAGCAACUUAGGCAGCAGCUUCUACUCAGAUAUUUUGAAUACGACCUCCCGUAUACAAUAACAAAUCCAGCCAACCGGGAGGUCCCCUUUAUUCCAGGCACCCAGCCAAUGAAGGCCUGGGAGCAUUGAAAGUGAAGAAAAUGGGCGUAAUUGGGCUGGGGGGAUGGGGGUGGGGAAUGCUUAGAUUUGAAAACCAUCCAUUAGCCUAUAGCAAGAGAAAAUGAACUAAGAGAAGGAAUCCCCGUGUUCCAUCAUGUGCACACUUUGAUGCUAUUUUUAGAAUCAUUGAUGCUAUUUUUAACUCGUUACCAUGCCCGCGCGAUAAUCAU